AUGUAUGGAAAACAUGAAAACUCAUUGUUGACACUUGUUAUUCUGGCGGUGAUUUAUUCGAAUGUGACAGCAGCAAGAAAUCCUUUACGUACAAUUGUUAAAUUUACCGAUAUGCGGUGUAGAGCCACAGCUCCGGAAUUAAUGUACUUUAAAGAGUGCCGUCUACAACGUGAUGCGAAUGUAACGAUGAGAGCCAUCACAUUGUGUCGCAUUUAUGACAAGCCAUUGAAACAGGUGAAACUCAACGUGCAAGGAUUUCGUAAACGUAACGUUGGCUAUGUUCCCUUUGUUCUGAACCUCUCAUUGGACUGGUGUCAAUUUUUGGAAACUCGCAAUAAUAUAGUUUUACAGCGUAUGUUUGGUUUAUUAGAAAAGGAAUCCAAUCUUAAUACAACGUGUCCUAUUGAUUUGGACUAUACCUACAUGAAUGUCAGCAUGGAUAAUGACGGUGUAUUUGUUAUUCCCUUUAAAUGGCCAACGGGAGAUUAUCGCUUUGAUAUAACUAUAGAUGCGAAUGAUGAAAUUCGUUUAAUAGUAAAUGCAUUUUUUAGGUUAGACUGGUAG